AAAUCAAACUGCAUCUUUUAUUCUUUCUUUCCCUUUUUAUACCCCACCCACUCACAAUUUCCCUACUUAAACUUCCCAACCUCUCUUCUAUUCAUUCAUCCUACCACCUUCUCUCUCUCUCUCUCUAAAUUUCUCUCUCUAAACUACUAGUUAUGUCUUCCGAGGAGGAAAAGAACAACAACAUGGGAGGUGAAAAGUUGCAUAAAACAUACUUUGAUGUUGUUGGUUUAUGUUGUUCUUCAGAGGUACCUCUCAUUGAGAACAUCCUCAAACCACUCGAAGGAAUCAAACAGGUUUCCGUCAUCGUACCUUCACGAACAGUCAUAGUUGUCCACGACACUCUUCUCAUUUCCCAACUUCAAAUUGUGAAGGCAUUGAAUCAAGCAAGACUAGAGGCUAACAUUAGAGUAUAUGGAGAUGAAAAGCACAAAAAGACAUGGCCAAGUGUUUACUCAAUGGCUUCUGGUUUGUUGCUUGCACUUUCAUUUCUGAAAUUUGUGUACCCACCAUUCCAAUAUCUUGCUCUUGGAGCUGUUGCUGCUGGUGUUGUUCCUAUCAUCUUGAAAGCUUUUGUCUCCAUUAGGAAUAUAAGAGUUGACAUCAAUAUUCUCGUCAUCAUUGCAGUUAUUGCGACAAUUGCUAUGAGAGACUAUUUGGAAGCUGGAACCAUUGUUUUCCUCUUCUCUAUUGCAGACUGGUUAGAGUCAAGAGCUAGCCACAAGGCGAAUGCAGUUAUGUCCUCGUUGAUGAGCAUUGCUCCUCAAAAGGCGGUGAUAGCAGAAACCGGAGAGGUUGUCGAUGUUGACGAGGUGAAAGUCAACACGGUGUUAGCUGUUAAAGCUGGGGAGACUAUACCUAUCGACGGAGUUGUUAUAGACGGUAACUGUGAAGUCGAUGAAAAAACAUUGACAGGUGAAUCGUUUCCUGUCGCUAAACUGAAAGACUCAACUGUAUGGUCGGGCACGAUUAACUUAAAUGGUUAUAUUAGUGUCAUGACCACUGCGUUAUCCGAAGACUGCGUGGUUGCGAAAAUGGCAAAGCUUGUGGAAGAGGCCCAGAACAGCAAAACCAGCACGCAGAGGUUGAUUGACAAGUUUGCGAAGUUUUAUACACCAGCUGUUGUAAUCAUAUCGACACUUGUAGCAGUGGUUCCGCUUCUGUUAAAAGUGCAUAACGAGAAAUACUGGCUUCACUUUGCGCUGGUUGUUUUAGUAAGUGCGUGUCCUUGUGCACUUAUCCUUUCAACACCGGUUGCGACUUUUUGCGCUUAUACGGCAGCUGCUACAUCCGGUCUCCUGAUCAAAGGGGGUCAAUCGCUUGAAAUGCUGGCGAAAAUUAAGAUCAUGGCUUUUGACAAAACGGGGACCAUAACAAAAGGUGAAUUUGCGGUGACGAAUUUUCAAUCUCUCACAGAUGACAUUGAUUUGAACACAUUGCUUUACUGGGUGUCGAGCAUUGAGAGCAAGUCAAGCCACCCAUUGGCGGAAGCAAUUGUUGAUCACGGAAGGUCUCUCUCCAUCGAACCAAAUCCGGAAAAGGUGACAGAAUUUGAAAACUUUCCUGGAGAAGGAAUCUUUGGAAAAAUUGAUGAGAAAGUUCUCUACAUUGGAAAUGAAAAAAUCGCUACAAGAGCAGGAUCUAAAUCAGUAGUUCCGACGUUAGAAGAUGAAGUCGAUGGAGGAAAGACUGUUGGCUACAUAUACUCAGGACCAACCCCGGUUGGAAUUUUCUCGUUAUCUGAUACUUGCCGGUCAGGGGUUCAGGAGGCAAUAAGGCAGCUGAAGUUGUUGGGAAUCAAAACCGCUAUGCUCACCGGAGAUAGCCAAUCAGCUGCAAUGCAAGCACAGGAGCAGUUAGGUGGAGCUUUGGAGUUAGUCCAUGCAGAACUUUUGCCAGAAGGAAAAGUAAAAAUCAUCUCUGAAUUUAAAAAGGAAGGUCCAACAGCGAUGCUUGGAGAUGGUUUAAAUGACGCGCCUGCAUUAGCUUCGGCUGAUAUUGGAAUCUCAAUGGGGAUUUCAGGUUCUGCACUGGCAAGUGAGACCGGCGAUAUCAUUCUUAUGUCGAAUGACCUUAGGAAAAUACCAGAAGCCAUUAAGCUCGCCAGAAAAUCUCGAAGGAAAGUGAUAGAAAAUAUUAUCUUAUCAGUCGUUACUAAGCUUGCGAUUCUUGGUUUGGCUAUUGCUGGUCACCCGAUUGUUUGGGCAGCAGUUCUUGCCGAUGUUGGGACAUGUCUGUUGGUCAUCUUAAACAGCAUGCUACUUCUGCCAAGACGACACAAGCAUGGAGGAAAAAGUUGUAAAUCGUCCACUCAACAUCAUGUCCACAAAAAUGGAUGCGGCGACACUAACGAAUGUUCCUCUCAUCAUCACCAUCACCAUCAACAUGAGCAUGAACAUCAGCAACAACAUCACCAUCACCAUCAGCAUGAGCAUGAACAUCAGCAUCAGCAUCAACAUCAUGGCCAUAAGCAUUGUUGCUCAGACAAGGCUGAGCCCCAAAAGCAUGUCGCUAAGUCAUGUUCCUCGAAAAGUCCACCCUGCCAUUCAAAUCCAAGUUUAAGUGGAAGUGUUCACCAUCUCAAAAACACGGAGAAUCACGAUCAAUGUAAGGGAAGUGAUGGGUUGCAUGAAUCAGAUCACUGUCAUCAUGGAAGAUGUGACAAGAGUCAAGAUGAAGUACAGAAGCAUGAUAUUGAAAACAAGUGUUGUUCAGAUUCACACAACAUGAAUCUAAAUGCCAGAGAUAUCGGAAAAGCUUCGGUAAAAAGUCACGGACAUAACUCUCAAGGGACAAAACACUGCCACAACCAAAACAUUGGCAUGGUUACUCAUGAUAGCACUACACAUAGUUCUCCCUGCCAUCUCAAUCCAUGUGAUAAAAAACAAAGCCAACAAUUAACUGAGCACUGUCACUCGAACCAUGGUUGUGAAAAUCUGCAAGACCAUGGAACCAUUCACGACAUUCAGCAUCAGAAAUCAGGUUGUCAUUCUGAUCUUAAGAAGCAUGGGACGAGUGAGAUAUCCAUCGAUAUCAUCGAAGAACAUGACGAAACAGCAUCAAAGCAAGGUUGUUCAAGUUUGGCAGAAAAAGAAAAGGAUUCCUGCAAAGACUGCUCCAAAACAUGCGAGAACUCGCCUGUUGAGUGUGGGGGCUGUGACGGUUCAAUUGAGAAAGAAGUGAGUUCAUGUUGCUAUAAUGAAGGUUGUUCAAAGGAAUCGAUCGAAACCUCAAUUGCACAUGCUUGUAUUAGCUUGGACAAGAGAGUAGUUGGUGGAUGUUGCAAGAGCUACAUGAGGGAAUGCUGUGGCAAGCAUGGACAUUCAAGGAUUGGUAAUUUUGUAGGUUUAUCAGAAAUUGUUACAGAAUAGGUGCAGCUGACUCAACCAGCACAAGCAACAGAGUCAGAAGGAAAAAAAAAGUUGUUUCUGCAAAUUUAUGUUUAGCAGAUUAUCUUAAUAUAUGGAAGUAAUAAGAACUGUAACUGGGCUACAUUAUAUAAGCAAAAUCUUAAUCUUGCUACAACUCUUGUAUAUAUGUUUUUAGAGUUGGUUGAAAUGAACACAAGAUUGAAAAAAACAGUGACCAUUGUGGGGUGAA